AAGCUAACAGAGCAAAAGGUCCACCACAAAGCUACGACAGUCGAGUGGCUGGACGAGCUACACAGACGUUUACCAAAGAUCAGGAACCUCUACCUCACAAUCAAGAGGCGAGCACAAAGAAAUCAAAUUGGUUUAUACUAGCUCGUAAAAUUGAUAUUGGAUAUUGGAACAAAAGUUCGAAGGUUGUUUCGUUUUGUCCUGCUACAGUUUAGAGUCAUCUGUAUUUGCCCAUACACAGCGAUUAGCACAUUGUGGAAUCGGCGUCAUGUUGUACGCAAUAAAUUAGUGAGCACGACGUAUCGAAAGACUUUCCGGUCUAUUAACAUUCAAACCGCCAGGGAUCUAUGCAUAUUACCCAUUUUGAACUCAAUCUGGUACACGUUCAGUGCACGUGACCUGCAUUUUGACGUGCUUCUCUUCGAGCUUUAAUUGUCCGCCGGGGUUCAUUACUGUGCUCCACUGACAACCGACUUUCAUAAAACCUGUUAUCAUCCCAAUGUCAUCGUCAAAUAUUCUGCUAAUUACAGGCAAACCAGGUAUUGGAAAAACCACUUUAAUCUCUCGUGUCUUCGAUGAACUCUCUAAAAAGUCAGGAAUUCAUGUCGUAGGCUUCAAAACAGAAGAAGUUCGUCAAACAUCGUAUUCUGGUGGAAGAUCAACUCGUCUAGGAUUUGACAUAGUAUUGCUUGACUCAUCUCGAAGAUAUCCUCGAGCUUCAUUGGCACGUCUGGCGACGACGGCAGCUGAUGAAUCAAAUCAACGUAGAUUACCUCGUGUUGGUCAGUACAGCGUAGAUAUACCGUCGUUUGAGAGUUUAGCUGUUCCUUGUUUACAGUCAAUUAUGAAGAAGUUAGACAAUUUAUCUUCAAAUAUCAUCAACACAGAACGACAACAACAACAACAGCAACAACAACAACAUGAUGCCGAUUCAACAGUGUGUAUUAUUAUUGAUGAAAUUGGUAAAAUGGAGUUGUGCUCAACAAAAUUCACUGCUUUAAUUGAACAACUGAUUUCAUCCAUUCUCAGCUUGAGUAAAAAAACGACUAAUAAUAAUCAAUCAAUCAGGGAAAGGCGAUCAAAAGUUGUUCUUUUAGCAACUGUACCAUCAUCGAAACGAUUCGAUGGUGGUGCACGUGGUAUUCCUUUUGUUGAUCGUCUAUGUUCAAUGAAAGAGGUUUGUAUCACUGAGAUCGAUAUAUAUAAUCGUGAUUCAGUUGCUCAAGACAUAACAAAACGCAUAUUAAAUUCUGAGUCGAUGUAGUGCUUGUCAAAUUGAGUCGAGUCGGGGUUUGGAGCAAAAGUGGAGAGUGUGUGUGUGUGGGGGGGCAAAUAAUUCACUGUAAUGUGUAAAUAUUACUUAUAUUUGAAUUUGAGGAUAUAUUUUGUUGGUUUUUUGAUAUGUGGAAAUAAAUUUUCAGUUAAACCUAACAAGUCUUCUUGCGUGAUAUAAGAGUGAUAUAUACACAGGUGACUCAUCAAUAUUCAUUAUUUAUUUCCCACACUUGCAUAAUCAUUGAUUUCCCGCAUCUGCGUGAUUAUUGAUUUUAAUUACUGAAUUCCCAUGGUUUGUUAAUAUUUUUAAAAUGUGACAUUGAUUUUCCUAACUGUAUAAAUACGGAGAUUUUGUUUAACAUUUUGACUGCUGUUAGAGACAGUAAAAGCUCUCGUAUCAACGUCCAGUCUUCUUUCUUUGUCUUGCGUGCCCAGCGGUAUUGUUGUUGUUGUUGUUGUUGACGUGCGAUUAGGACAAAUUAGCCAGCUCAUUAAGUUAGAUUCGCUCGUAGUCUACCAGGUCCUAAUAUUCACAUACAUAACAAAGAGUAGAUUAAAAUUUGGACACUGUGAUAGGUUGUCAUUCCUAUAUUAUUAUUAUGAUUGUUAUUAUUCUCUUGGAUUCCGACUGGCAUAUAGGGUUUCAACAGCUCGUCUUCACUUUGUCCUAUUCUUGGCGGUUCGGUUUAGCCUACCUCAUGGUUACUCAUAGUCUCGCAUCUCCCCCUUGCACGAUCUCCUCCAUGUCACCUCGGAUCCACAUUUAACUCGUCGUUUUUUUAUUAGGGUUACACUCGAGUGAUGUCUUUCGACGGUCUCCUCAAUGUGUGCCCAGUCCAUCUCCAUUUUCUUCGGAAUAUAUGUUGAACUAUUAAUAUAUGUGUAGAACUUGGGCACUAUGAUAGUAAGUAAUUCCAUAUUAGUUUGUUAAUUAGAUAUAUCACACAGUAUUAGUGUCUACUGGAUGACGUUUCGAACAAAAUUUAUUGUUCAUAAUCAUUUCAUCAAUUAUAAUCACACGACUUCGAAACUUGAGUUUUAUAGUUUUCUUUGUUUUCUCCUAUUUGUCGUCGUAGGGGUAGUAGAAUUUUCUAGAUAUCUGGGUAGACAGGUGUUGGAUCAUUCCUAUUACACGUAUUCUCUCUCAGUUGAUUCGAUAAACAAAGCUUCUGUUAGCAAUCUCUCCCUCCAUCCAGCUGUGACAUUAGAUUUUAAAACUGUCAUUUUAUCCCAUC